AUGCUACGGAUGGCAUACUUUGAUGAUUGGAAAUAUGUCGACGCAGCCUAUCGAUCGCGCAUGCUCGAAAUACCCAAUGCCGGACAUGCGAUGGUGCCUUGCAUAGAUAUGGUCAAUCAUGCCACUGAGCCUGCGGUUAAUUCGCGGUACGACGCAGAUUCCGAAGGAAAUGUUAUACUUCAGCUACGCUCUGGCCGGUCUCUGAAAGCCGGCGAAGAGGUGACCAUCUCGUAUGGAGAGGAGAAACCGGCUUCUGAAAUGGUUUUCUCGUACGGUUUUCUCGACAGCUCCACGCAAGAAGCGAGGGAAGUCUUGCUUAACAUCGAGUUCCCCGACGAUGAUCCACUAGGUAUUGCAAAGAAAAUGAUUUGUAAGGAUACUCCAGGGCUCAAAGUCUCCGUGUUCAAUAACUCGGGUGCUUCAAGGAGUACGACUUGGGAGAGUCCCUUGAUUUGGUGGUCGAGCGUGAACGAGGAAGAUGGUCUUCAUAUCGGAGUCGUGCAAACGGUUGAUGGGCAGAGAGAACUGGAAGCCACUUGGAAAGGCGAAAAGAUACGAUCGCCAACCUACUUGUACGAAUUAAUUGCAGAAGAUGCGAUGGCCGAUAUAUUUCGCCUUCGAGCUCUGGUGCUCGUACUCCAGCGACUGGAGGAACAACUCGCCCUUCUACACCAGACCGAACAGGUUUUGUCAAGUAUGCAAGAGGACAAAACUUUAGUUGACUCGAUGUUCAGUCCCGAUACCUAUGAGCUGACCUCUCGACUACGUAAUCUCGAGGCUACACUUUUACAGAGCGCGAUCGAGGAUCUUGUGCAGCAGAGGGACGAUGUCAUGAACUCGGAAGCUGUGGCGGCCUACCUGGCCGACCAGAGUAACGAAGCUUGA